UUAGACGUGGGUGUUGGGUGAGGUGAACGAUAGUAAGUGCCAACUUGGUGGUGGCACUCCUCUCCACCCAACCCAUGCCAGGGGAUGCCAGACCUUUGUUGAUCAUAACUCCACGAUGGGGCCAGUCUGGUUCUACCUGCUCUACCUGUGCCACUAACCACGUAAUGUGUGUAUUAAGUAAUAUUUGUAUUGAUUACGAGUGGAGUUGAGCAAUAGUGGGGUAAGACGUGGUGAAGCCGUGGUGGCCUGGUGAGGGUGGUGUUGACGUCGUCUCACCAGGACCGUGAGGUAGCAGUAGGGUGAGUCUUGUUACGUCACCCGCCAGAUAACUUCAGCAUAACAACAGAUAAAGAGAAUAUGCAACGGGAGAAUAACAUGUUGGUAUUUAUAAACGCCGUGUGAGCGGUAGAUAAGGGUGAGUGAUAGUGGUGAUAACAGUGGCUGGGCAGACACACACCCUCAAGUGUCACUCACACACACUCCUCCACCGCUGGGUACUGACGGGUUGUUGAGGUGCCCGGUGGCUCCUUCUGUAGAGUGCCGUGUUUCGUGAUGUUCCUCCAUAGUGAGCGUUACUCUUGGUGGUUCAGCUGGACGGGUUAAAGUGUCACUGACUUCAGGAACGAGUCAUGCAUUGUACAAUAAGGAUAUUUGUGCUAAAGUUUUGGAUGAAUCUUCAAACGCCUCGCUGUGUGUGAUACAUCAGCCAAGGUCGUGAAGCAGCAUCUCGUGGCGUUUUUUAAACCCAAAAUGAAAGAGUGUAAAGUGAGUAAUAACAAAAGGCUAAGCAACCAAGACCGUGUUGAGGAGACAUUUAAAGGAGUAGCGGCGACUUGGUCGUGGUAAAUCAAGAGCUCCUUCCAAAUAAGGUUAUCUCGGUGUUUUAUCAGGGGUGAUAGUGAGGCUCAUCGGUGAGUAUGAGCUGGGCGGUGUGUGGUGACACAGGUGCUUGACCAAUACUCUUGCCACCCGCCGUUUAUUACCCUAGUGAACCGUCCGUGAGUGUCUCCCCCGUGUCCAGGUGGCGGCCACCAUGCCUGGCCUGGAUGCCACUCCUCCAACAUCUACACUGCAUCUGUACAACUUGUUGGUUUGAGAGAAGUGAUCGCUACUGGUAUACAGCGACCCUUGCCCCGCCACACAGCCACAGGUGUGAGCUAACUGAGGCGACCCUACUGUAACACCUGUCAACACACACCUGAGGAAUAGGUCUUGUGUGUACGUCUUCACCUCAACCCGUCACCACUCGGUUGGGCAGCAUGGAGCCCGUACAGGACUUCAGUCGACUCCGCGUCACAGAUUCCCCACAGGAGGGAGGCAAGAAAUCCCAAGCCUCUUCCUCAGAUCUCUACCCUCGAGUGGGCCUGCUGCAGCCUGGAGGUCCUGCCCACAGGCCUCACAGCAACGAUUUCCAGAGACCCCCUCCUCCGAAAUAUCCUUCAGGAGACUCGCACUCGGGCGUAGGGGGCCGGGCAGCAGGAGGGGUGGUACACCUGGAGCCUGACUACACAGACAACACUCGGGACUACAGGAAGGCCCGCCCUCCCCCUCAGUACCAUGAAGCUGUGAGCGGCCUCCACCGUUUUACUCAUUACAAUCCUGAGUCUAAUUUGCAGAAAUAUGCCUCAGAGACGUCACUGUUACGAGGCGGUGGUGGAGGAGGGAGGGAGAGGGUCCCCGGCAGAGAGCAGGAGGGACACAGAGGCCGCAGUUACUCCAACGUCGCCUCCGUCAGUCGUCCUCUCGACAUCCCAGCCAGGCCUCGACCUCAAGAACACUCGCUUGAUUCCUCCAUGAAGACACCCAGUUCUUUUACAGAUAUAAAUUCAAUAUUCCAGCAGCAACAGCAGCAGCCUUCUCAUAAAGGUGUGAGCACGACCAAGGCCAACCCUGUGGUGAUUCAGCAGAAGACCCAGAUGAUGCCCGGGCGAUCACAGCCUUUCAGAGAGGACGUGACACAGGGACCAAGAGGAAACCCCCCACUCACACUUCCAAUCCCAAUUAUGAACAACUUUCGCUCAAAAAGUCCGAGCCUAGAUUGUUACUUAAAUCAGAGGGAUCUAGAUUUGACAUUCCAUCGGUCGUAUCGAUCAAAAAGUCCAAGUAUUGAUUGUAUUGUUUCUGAAGCUGUCACCUCCACCUCCAGUAAAAUAUUCGCCUCCAAGAGUCCCAGUGUUGAUACCUAUUUGAACCGCAUAGCGAACCCCGGUGAACCCAGCCUUUCUCAAUUUAGUGGCCGAGACCAGGACUUCCGGAGCACGGGUAACUACCUAAGCGUGCACAGCGCCAAACACUUCCGCAGCAAAAGCCCGAGUCUAGACGCUGGCGUCUUCCUCGAGGCGGUGCGGGGCGGCAGUCAAUUUGAACUUCCAGGAAACAGGACUUAUCCUCAUCGUCCUUUUGCAAGUACCACCUUGACCGAGGCCAAAAUUGAAUCAACGGACCAAGUUCAGGUGGGUCGCAAUGGAGACAACAGCCUAAUGAUUCCACCACCUGGGGCUCUGGAGCGACGACCCAGCGCCCAGAGUUUACCUGACCUCUCCGGGCCUGCCCUGGAUGACCUCUGUCCCAUUACUGGACCUUCCACGACACUCACUUCACGGCCCUUCAGCCCCCCAACUUACACUCAGGCUCCCUUCACCGCCCCUCUUAACCAUCAAACGUCCCACCUGCAGGCAGCUCAGUACACCAGCCCGACACUCACAAGUAAAACUACGUCUCAACACCUGCCAGAGACCAGCACCUCAGUCACUAAGAGCCUCCGGUCUCGCCCUUCCAUACAAACGUCUCCGAGUCGCGAAAUCCCAGGCAUCAAACGCGAGCAGGACUCGCCACCUCCGCCUUACCCGCGCCAUCGGCCACCUGGGGACAUGGCUAAAGGACCGCUUCUACCUGGGCUAGAUGAGGUCCUGCCUCCCCGAGAAACACGACCAAUCGCCGGCUGCUCCAACCUGGUGGUCAGCCGCCUCAGCGAUAACACAGGUAAUCGCAGGAUGCACCUAGAAGACUACACCAGCAGCCACGCGGGGUCACCGGAACCCCUCAUACCCUCCGAGCUGACCUCAUGUGACCUAGGCGGCCUCAUCAGUCCUCUGGGGGACAACUCCCACGCGGGCUCACCCUUGGGUCCCCCAACAGCCUUCUCACCGCCCACCAUCAGCGUGGAGGCGCCCCAGGAAUCAGGCAGUGGCCCCACUUCCCAACUGGCCACGGCCAUGACCGCCCUCGGGGAGCUACAUGGUGAUCUCUACCUAGCUGGUGACGAGUGGCCGCCGUCUUUAGAAAACCUCUUGACGGCUCUGCCGGGAGGCUCCUCGCUGCCGGAGUUGGUAGUGACCGAUCCACGCCCUCCAGAUACGCCCAUUUUCACCAGCCCCAUGCCUCCCGCACCUCCCUCCACAGAUCUCCUCGACUUGCCGUCGAGCGAGGGACUGGAGCUGUACCUGGGAGGCAGCAGGUGUUCAGCCUCGCCCAUGAGCGUCUCACCUGGUGGGUCGUCUCUACCCUCACCAUUCACCUCCAACCGCGGCUCCUUCAGCUCCACUCGACGGAACAAGCGCCCAUAUUCCACCUCGCCCAUGAACGUGGACGGAGUGGACCUCAACACCAUAAUCAGGUCAUCGCCCACGUGUCUAAGCGGAGGGUCGCCCACAGCCACAGUACCACAGCUCUCCUGCUCCCCGUCAGGUGGCAGCUAUGGCCACCUCAUCCCUCGUCCUGAAGCCAACAACAACCAGCCACCUCGCGCCAACCUCUCCUUCCAGACCCUUAUAAGUGACGACGAUGUCACCAAGAACAACAACAACAAUACCCAGGUGAACAACCUCCACUACUACAAGGUUGAGCCCAAGUGUGAGCCUGAAGAGCAGCAAGGUUCACCUCCCUACCACGACCACCAUCACCACCACGACACCGAAGACGGACGACCGGGCAGCCCCUCAGAGGAUGACGGUCCCCGCUACUGCCGCUGGGUAGACUGUAACGUUCUCUUCGCGUCCCGCGAGACUCUCUCCCGACACAUCGAAAAGGCUCACAUCGACCAGAGGAAGGGCGAUGACUUUACGUGUUUUUGGGCGGCGUGUCAGCGGCGGUACCGACCCUUCAACGCUCGCUACAAGCUGCUGAUACACAUGAGGGUCCACUCCGGGGAGAAGCCCAACAAGUGUACCUUCAAAGGUUGCACCAAGGCAUUCUCGAGGCUGGAGAACCUGAAAAUCCACCUGAGGAGUCACACUGGCGAGAGGCCCUACAUCUGUGUCUAUCCUCACUGCAUGAAGGCCUUCUCCAACUCCUCCGACAGAGCCAAACACCAACGAACACACGUCGACGCUAAACCAUACGUGUGCUCGGUACCCGGGUGUAAGAAGCGAUACACGGACCCCUCCUCCCUCAGGAAGCAUGUCAAGAACCACUCAGCCAAGGAACAAGCACUCGCUAAAAGGAAGAUGAGGUCACCCGACGAAGAUUACCGCGGCUCCUCCCCCAGUUGCCUGAUGAGCGGUGCCCACCUCGAGUCUGACUCACCGCUCAUGGACCACGACGCUCUCCAGUACGGCGACAGUGUCGUCCCAGAGUGCGGGUCCCGGGGAUGUGGUCCGCUUCAGCCUCCGUUGCCAUGUCCUCUCGCGCCGACCAUCGGGGGAGACGCCACAGAUGGCGCUCGGCCUGCCAGAGACCUUGGUACCGGAAUUCUCGCAGGAGGAUCUCGACGCUUGGGUCAGCAUAUACUGAGUUACCAGCAAUUGCUGCAAAGGAACGAUGUUCUCAUAUUUGGACAGGAUUCUCAGAUGCAGCAGCAGCAACUUCAGAGGAAACUUAUGGUAGGGAAUGAUGGUAGCGAGGUGGUGUAUGGCCAGCAAUCUCCACCACCGUCGCAGCAGAUGGUUGGUAGAAACGAACAGCCACCAUCUCUGUAUGACUCCCCACCACCACCUUACUGCCAGGCCCCAGCCUUCACUGCUACCCAUCGGGGCACCACUCCUCACCUCCCUCAGUAUACCAUGAUCACCUCUCCUGACAGCCUCCCAUCCUACCAGACCCCAGUAUUUACACAUCAGCAACAACAACUCCAGCAACACAUGGCUCCAUACUCGACGCAGCAAGGAACUUGAAGUGAUAAUUGACAGAUGGUGAUUACUCACAAAAGGCGGGGUAACUCUGGAACAGUUAUCUUGCAGCCCCUAGAACGGGGUCAAGUUCAGUUCCAGUUCGCUUGCAAGGAACUAAUGGCCCAAUAAAACGUGUUGCUAGCACAAUGUAUUUUUUUUAUAAAAAUGAAUACUCAUUAUUGGACUGCAUUGUAUAAUGCUGCUCAUCCACCAGUGCCUCUAUAUUCGUGUAGUUUCUUUAAAACUAGUUAGAAGGUUGUACCCCUCUUGCACUCAGUCAGAUGGCAUAUGUAGGGUUUUGUAACUUAAGGCAGAUACAUUAAUUUCCUGAAAAAGGAGGCAUCAUAUAGAUGUUAUUUUUAUGCGGGCUAUUUGUUAUAGAUUUUUGAGAGGUUAACCUGUCUACGAAUUUGAAAGUGAACUUGGUUUCACUAGACUAUUUUUAGUACUCCGGCACAUGCCAGAGAGUUGGUGCUAUUUUUUGUUUUGUAACACUACUAUACUUGUGAAUAGAUAAGUGUUAUUCCCAGUGGUUGCAGGUUGGAAGCAAAUAUCAGUCUUGUUUUUUGGAGGUCACUGUAGAAAAACAUCACAUUACUUCCUGAUGCUAUUAAGCUUAAAAGUCUGAGGAGAACUGACAUAGGUGAUUUAGUGUGUAGAGCUUGGUGUUUGCCCGCGUGAAACAAUUAAUGCCAAAGACUGUGGUCCAGAACUGAUACUUCUUGACGGAGUGACGAGAGAUGCGCCCCCCCCCCCCUCCCCAAACACACACAUCCCCCAUACAUUUUCCACUCACCUGUACAGUGGCCGUUUUGGGUUGAACAAUAACAGACGAGUUGAAAUAAUUUUACCAGUCAGGCGAAGUUAGUAAUCGCAGCAAGAAGCUCGUCAGGAUUCGACUUAAGAUUGUGACGUCAACCCUCAAGUAGUGACCAAUGUUUUGGGCCCAAGUUAGGAACAAGAAAACAAUGGACCAUAAUAUAUGUUUUUGAGCAGAGUUUAAGAACGUGUUUGGGCUUUAAACUCAACUUAAGGGUUCUGUAUUUUUUUUUUUUAGAAAAAAGGACAAAAAUCAUUGUAGGGUAUUGCAUGAUCGGACGUACUUAAGCGUCAUUUCUUAAUGAUAAAGAAUUUGACCACGUUGUUCAUCAGACUAGUCUAGCCGAGACAACUUCUCAAACUCUGCUCAAAUAUAUCGGCGUUAAGCUUAUGAUUCUUGUAAUAUGUACAUAAGUACAAAAAAUUCUAUGUACGCAUUGUGUAUAUGUCUAAUAUUUAAGUUUUAUGGUUUCAAGAUUAUUUAUUAUAUAUGUUAAGUGCCGUGAUACGUUAGGGAUCAGAUGUAUAAUGUUGUAUCUGUCUGCUCAAAUGUAAGCUUGCCUUUCGUCGUCUUAUUUUUGUGGAACUGAACACCAAACACUAUUCUGUAUUUAUGAUGUUCUUAUGCCGCUCUUUGAUAACAUGCUAUAUUUUGUGAGUACAGUACUUAAACAGUCAACAUGUUCCGUAUACAUAUACACAACUGGAGCUAAAGUUCUGAAGAUGGAAAAGUAGUCUUUGUGCACAUUAGCUGGCUGUUUACCAUCAUGUUGAUUUUGUUUUCAUUUUGCUGUUACUUUAUUACUUGAAAACGAAGUUUAGGCAAUACAGCACAUGGUUAACUCGGUAGGUGUCAGUUGUUGCGAGUCGCGUGGAGUGCAAAGUUCCAGAACGGAGGCGAGGCAGCUGUCCACACUCAUCAGUGCUUUCAUUAGGUUUAGUCUUCUUCAACUCACUCAUGUGCCGCAGUGACUUUUAGAUUAUUUUUAUAAAUGUGGUGACAUGUUUGUGUAAAAAGUAGGCUUUGUGAUAAUUAAUUAAAAGAAUGGAUGUAA